UAUCACUUCCCAAGGUAUGUGUUUGACACGGACAUAUAGUUUAGACACUCCUCACUGUCUCUCUUUCUUCUUCUUUGAGUUCAACUUUUUUGUUAGAAACGUCCUUGUUCUCUUUUGCUCAACUUUUUUAGUUGUUUAAAAUACUACCACAGCGCUGUAGCUAAAGAGCCACACCCGUUUUCAGCUGUUGUUGUUGUUGUUUUUGUGUUUAAGAGGAUGAGUGCAUCGAAGUUCAUUAAAUGUGUUACAGUUGGAGAUGGAGCUGUUGGCAAGACCUGUAUGCUCAUUUGUUACACCAGCAACAAGUUCCCUACUGAUUACAUUCCCACAGUGUUUGAUAAUUUCAGCGCCAAUGUGGCUGUUGAUGGAAGCAUUGUUAAUUUGGGGCUGUGGGAUACUGCCGGCCAGGAAGAUUAUAGCAGGCUGAGGCCACUGAGUUACAGAGGUGCUGACAUUUUUGUGCUUGCUUUCUCUUUAAUUAGUAGGGCAAGUUAUGAAAAUGUUCUUAAGAAGUGGAUGCCUGAGCUUCGGCGAUUUGCACCCAAUGUUCCCAUUGUUCUCGUUGGAACGAAGUUAGAUCUUCGUGAUGAAAGAGGGUAUCUAGCCGAUCACAUGGGAUCAAACAUCAUAACAUCUUCUCAGGGAGAGGAGCUUAGAAAACAAAUUGGUGCCGCAGCAUAUAUUGAGUGUAGCUCCAAGACUCAGCAGAAUGUCAAAGCUGUUUUUGACACUGCAAUCAAGGUUGUUCUUCAACCUCCAAGGAGGAAGGAGAUGGCAAGGAAGAAAAGACAAAGACGGUCUGGCUGCUCAAUUGUCAGGAGUAUUGUGUGUGGCGGUUGUGCUGCUUAGACGACAGUGAUAGCCGGAUUGAUAGUAAUCGAGCACUUUUUUGACAAAAAUUAGUGUUUUGCAGAUGUGUUGGAACAUUCUGCAACUGCAGUCUCCUAAUCAUCUACUUUUGUGUGAAGUGUAGGUGCAAUGAUAUAGUUUGAACUAAGAAAUGGCCUAUCUUAUCAACUUUCUUGGAGAAGAGUGGAGGGGAAUGGUUCAUUCUCGUGUACUGUUGUUACCAAGUAAUUGUUGAUCUUGUGGGUUUGGGGUGUCAGCUGAUGUAUGAUUUUGAUUAAUUCGCUCUAGCUAAGACCAAAGGAUCAUUGUCUAUGUAUAUAUAUUAUCCUCCCAUUCAAGACUCUAAUCUUUCUAAACUCAAGCUUAGCUGCAUAUUCAUGGUUA